UAGAGAAAAAGGAGGAAAACAAUCAUCAAUGACAGCAGGGGAAGAGACGAGGAGUAUGUGCGUGUAGGUCCAUGUACACCUAGGCCUGUGUACACGAUGCUGAUGCGUGUACGGAGGCACCCUAAGCUACUGGGUGUGGUGGUGGGGGCGGCUGUCGCAUCCCUGUGCCUGGUGACGCUGGGGAUGUGGUGGAGUGGCGAUGACGGCCCCACACCACUGCCACACCACCACCGCCACGCUCUUGAUGGCAUGAAUGUCUCGCAGUUCAUUGACAGCCCAAGACAGCUCAUACUAGAACCGAGGAGAGCACUAGAGGCCUGUGGUGGUGGUGGUGGUGGUGGGGGAAAGGGUAAAGCUGGUGAUGGUGGUGUGGAGGUGUUGUUGUUGGUGCCCUCCUCCCCAAACAACCUGGCAGCAAGGAGUGCCGUGAGGGAGAGCUGGGGGGCGUAUCUCCCCGCCAACUGGGCCCUGGUGUUCUAUGUGGGGGCUGUGGACAGGGAGAGUGUACAGAAGGACCUCGCAGCAGAAGCACAGGCACAUCAGGACAUCGCUCAGGACGUCACCUUCAUCGACAGCUACUCUAACCUCACCCUCAAGACACUCGCCCUCCUCUCCUGGGCCCACCAAGCCUGCCCCACCACCUCCUUUGUCUUCAAGGUCGACGACGACGUUUAUGUAAAUGUUCCCAAGCUUCACGGGCUUGUCUCGUGCCUCAACGCUGCGAUAUGGAAUGUUUACAAGGAGAAGAGGCGCAGAGGGGACUCGCAUUCUCAGGAUAAGAAUUGCGAGGGGGUAAGAUCUCUCGUGAGUUACUACACUGAUGCCAAAAAUCAUCGCUACGAGUCUUACGUCCUCGCUGGGUAUCUCUACCGUGACAUAAAGCCAUACCGAGACCCCACGUCGAAAUGGUACGUACCCAAGACGUCAUUCCCUAGAGAGGUCCUUCCGCCAUUUCUCUCUGGGACGGCAUACCUAAUGAGCAUUAACAUAAUUCCCCAUCUGCUCAACGGCGCACGAAACACACCUGCGAUUGCUCUGGAGGAUGUGUACCUGACUGGACUAGUGGCAAGCGAGCAGUUAAAAUUACGUCUUAGCAAACUUGAGGGCAUCGACAGGUUCCGACCCCGAUGGCAGAGUGCGUGCGCCUACAAGACCACCCUCACCGCGCACGGCUUCACCCCCGGAGAGUUACGAGGCACCACGCACAUGGCUCUUGCGGUUGCCAACGAUGCGUGCGAUGGGGUGUUUACGAGAGUCGGUCUGGCCCUGAAUCGAAUUGUUACGUCGCUCUUCCCUCGUCUCCCUUCCUCGUCGAGUUUGCUGGAUUCGGCCGAUGUUAGUGUUACGAUCUGAGCCUGCUUUGUUAUGCUUGUUGUUUAUGUUAUUGAUUGUUUGUUGUGGUUGUGAAGGGAAGGUAAAAAAGGAGGAUUAAAAAUGAAAAAAUGAAGAGGGAAUAGAAGAGAAUGAGAAAAUAGUUGAAGAAGAGGAGAAGAGGACAGAGAAACUAAAGAGAAAAAUGAAAAUGGUGAGAAGGAAACUAAAGAAAAAUAAAUUGUUGUGGGUUGUGAAGUCAAGAUAAACAGUUGAUUGAGGAAUGAAAAGCAGGAUUAAAAAGGGAAAUGAAGGAAGAAGAUAAGGAGGAAACAGAGGAGGAGGGAACAAAGAGAAUGAGAAUAUAGCUGAAGAAGAAGAGAGGAAGACAAAGAAGAUAAUGAGAAAAAUGAAAAUGGUGAGAAGGAAACUAAAGAAAAAUAAAUUGUUGUGGGUUGUGAAGUCAAGAUAAACAGUUGAUUGAGGGAUGAAAAGCAGGAUUAAAAAGGGAAAUGAAGAAAGAGGGAAUAGAAGAUAAUGAGAAAA